AUGCUUAUUGCAACUGCUGUGAAGAUGCUACCGAUGUGUAGCCUCUUGACUCGGUUCCAGCUCCUGCAUUUGGUUGAGCUGCUAUCCGCUGUACUCUCCCGCUCGGCUGGAAGUUUGCUCUACCCAUCAGGUUUGUCUGGUGUGCUCAAGUCUCGCAACAACAUGAAUGUUUUAACUACUGUUAAAAACAUGUACUACUAUGGACCCAUAACUGUUAGAACGCCUCCCCAGAAAGAGACGGUGGACUUUGACACCGGAUCUGCUGACUUGUGGCUGGCUUCUAAACAAAUACGCAAAAGUCAACCAAGUUAUUGCAAGAAACAUAGAACGUACAACGACAAGAAAAGUAAAACAUAUAAGAAAAAUGGAGAGCCAUUCAGUAUCACUUAUGGCAGUGGAGAAGUCUCGGGCUACGUGUCGCAGGAUAAUAUUAAGUUAGGGGGUCUGCCAGUGAAAGGUCAGCUCUUUGGCGAGGCUACCGAAAUAGACUCAUAUACAGCCUCUACCAAGAUUGACGGCUUGCUGGGGAUGGCGUUUACCUCCCUCUCUAGCAUUGACACCGACCCUCCCUUCGUCAACAUGGUCAAACAGAAGGUGGUCAACAAACCAGUGGAUGAGCCAUCGUCAGACGCUAGCAACAAGCAAAGUGCAGAGUUGGUUCUUGGAGGCGUGGACCCUAAAUAUUACACUAGGGAUUUCGUCUUCGCUCCUGUCGAGGUACCUUUGUAUUGGAACAUCACUGUUGAUGGGUGA